UUGGCUGCUCCGCUCUCGUCCGCUGGGGAGCGACGGGGCGCCGCCUCCCUCUCCGCGCGGCACCGGCUCCUUGCGCGCCUCUCAGGUGUGCGGCGGCUCCGCAACUGCGGCGCCAAAAGCGAAAGCGCGCCAGGCGGCAGAGGAGGAGGAGGAGGGCAGAAGCUGAGCGCCCGCCGAAGAAGCAGAGGGCGGACCGGCCGCCCGGGGAGUGCGCGCGGCUGCGCGCCAUGGCGGGGGAAAGCUUCGUGCGCUUCUUCCGAAACAGCCUGCGCCGGAGGUCGUCCAGGAGAGCGGAUGAAUCCCGGGAUGCACACCCUACUGAAAGCAAACCUGAUAUUGGCGAGAGGCCGGGAGAAAGAAGCAGCUUCCCCAGCUCUGCAGGACACUUGUUCUUUGAAUAUUUGGUUGUGGUCUCGCUCAAAAAGAAUGCUAAAGGAGAUUAUGAGCCCAAGAUUACCUAUCAGUUUCCAAAGCGUGAGAACUUGAUGAGGGGACAGCGUGAAGAGGAGGAAAGGUUGCUGCAGGCCAUUCCCCUUUUCUGCUUUCCUGAUGGCAAUGAAUGGGCACCGCUCACAGAGUUUAACAGUGAAACCUUUUCUUUUGUUCUCACCAAUGUUGAUGGAAGUAGGAAGAUUGGCUACUGCAGGCGACUGUUGCCAUCUGGACGAGGUGCACGUCUUCCAGAGGUUUACUGCAUUGUAAGCUGCCUGGGUUGUUUUGGCCUGUUUUCAAAGAUUUUGGAUGAGGUGGAGAAAAGGCGGCAGAUCUCUGCAGCUGUCAUCUACCCCUUUAUGCAGGGUCUACGGGAAUCCCCUUUUCCAGCACCAGGGAAAACGGUCACCAUUAAAAGCUUCAUCCCCGACUCAGGGACAGAGCAUAUUGAGCUGACACGGCCUCUGGACUCUCACUUGGAACACGUGGAAUUUCAGGCCCUCUUUCAGUGCCUCAGUCCCGAGAAGAUCCUCCAGAUAUUUGCCUCUGCAGUGCUGGAACGACGGAUAGUAUUCCUGGCCGAGGAACUCAGCUCCCUUUCCAAGUGCAUCCAUGCAGCUGCAGCUCUUCUUUACCCCUUCACCUGGGCCCAUACGUACAUCCCGGUGGUUCCAGAGCAGCUUCUCAGCACCGUCUGCUGCCCCACACCCUUCAUGGUUGGGAUCCAGAAGCGCUACCUAGACGAGGUUCAGGAUCAACCCAUGGAAGAGGUGCUCCUUGUUGAUCUGUGCAAAGGAAAUUUCUUAAAAUUGGUUGGUGACGAAGAAGAGAUUUUGCCUGCCAAGCUGCAAAGCGAGAUGCUGUCCUCUCUGCCCACGAUGAACAACAAUGUACAAACAUCUGAGGAACUCAACACACGUGUUUCAGACGCCUUCGUGCAGUUUUUCGUCAAAACAAUUGGCCACUAUCCGGCACACAUCAAAUGGGGCAAGAAUGGUCAGGGCAGCUUCCAGGAGAGGUCGUUCUGCAAGGCCCUCACCUCCAAGACCAGUCGCAAAUUUCUGAAAAAGUUUGUGAAGACGCAGAUGUUCUCCUUAUUUAUUCAAGAAGCAGAAAGGAACAAGAAGAGUGUUGAAGGAUAUUUUCAGAAGAGAUUAAAUGAAUAUGAAGAACAAAAGAAGCAAAGGAGACUCUCUUGAAUUUGGGCUCUCAGGAUUGCUCACCAGCAGAUGGACAGGCCUAUGCCUAAAGUAAUUGCCUGUUUGGACCAAGAUAACUUCCUAGGAGGAAGAACAUCAUUGGAUACGCUGGUUCUCAUGAGAGGCCAGCUUGGCUUCAAGCUCUACUUUUUAAUCUUCCCUUCCUUUUCAAGACUGGCACUACAGAGCUUUUCUAUUACAUAGUUUAAGUUUGGCUGCAUUUAACAGCCCAGCUUGGAAGUAGGACUGCAGUUCUUUAAGAAAACGGCAGCAUAAAACUGAAAUGAACCAAGUGAUCAUCUUGGUGAAAACAGGACUCUAGAAAUUCAGUCAAAUGAAGGAGAUGUGGGGUGGUUAAUAAUGACAAAGAUUGUAUAGCAAGUGAUGAGAAAAAUUAUAUUAAUUGGAAACAUUUCUGUUCUCAUUAAAUGGUUUCCAAAUCAA